UAUCAGCAGCAGUACCAGCAGCAGCAGUCGUUCCCUCUCUCCUCUGUCUCUCCCCUCGUCGACCCCCCUGUUGACGGCGAGGCGGCUCUCGGCAAUGCGCUUCUCGCGGCGCAGAAUGCGAUAAUGGGGCUCGUGCGCCUCGUCGACGCCGUCAGCCAGAACCAGCGCGCCAUGCAGCAUCAGCAGCAGCAGCAGCAGCAGCGCCAGCAGGUCGACACCCUCCACCAGCUUCAGUCCUCCCUCUCCUUCGCCGUCCCCGCUCUGAACGCUCUCUCUCAGGCUCCCGUUUCCGCCCCGCUCCCCGCGCCGCAUCCUCUCAUCGCGCACGACGCUCCCUCUCCGGCACCAUCCGCUGCUACAUCCUUCGCUCCAUCCCCCGCAUCGUCCGAGGGCUCCCAUCCGUCGCUGCCUAUUCUCGAGAAGGUCUUCGCGGGUAAGCGUUCCCGCGGUGGCGACUCCGCCAAGUCUGUCCGCGGAAAGCGCGCCAAGCAGGAGCCGACUUCUCUCGACGCUGCCACGUGGUCGUCGGAGGAGGAAGACAAGGAUUCGGACUCAGAAGUUGUCGUGUGCAACGCGGCGCGCGACCAGGGCCCGCGCUACAAGGGCGUGCGCCAGCGCAAGUGGGGGAAGUGGGUUUCGGAAAUCCGCGAGCCCCGCAAGCGCACGCGCAUUUGGCUCGGCUCAUUCGACUCCCCUGAGGACGCCGCCCGCGCUUACGACGUCGCCGCGCGCCUGCUCCGCGGGUCCAAGGCGUCGCUGAACUUCCCCGGCAGCUUCCAGCUGGUUCCGCUGCCGCCCGCUACCGCCGAGACUCUGCUGAAGGCGAGCCGCGAGGCCGCGAAGAUGUUCGAUACGUCCGAGAUUGCCGAUGCGCUCGAGAAAUCUCUCCAGGGCCAGGCCAUCCGCACCGCUGGCCUUUCCCUCCCGCUCCCGUCCCCCGCCUCCCCCUCGUCCCCCGUUUCCCCCGCUGCACCUGCAUCGCCAGCGUUUAUUCCGGAGCUGGAGCCGUCGCACGCAAUGGGCGGAGUGAAGCUGGAGGCGACGGAGAGCGAGACGAGCAGCGAGGAGGAUGCGGAGUGCCUGAACUCGCUGCUGGCGGACCUGGCGCCGAUUGAGAACACGGACAACAUCUUCCGCGACAUGCUUGACGACUUCGAUGCGUUUGAUGCGUCGCAGAUUGCUGCUAAUGGUGAUGCGGAUCUCUUCGGCGUGUGGGCCAAUUAG